CUAGAAACACUAACAGUAAAUUGCGUGUCGUGAUUUUUUUCACUGAUAAGGAUAAGGCUUGGACACGAAUCUUUUCUUUAGUUUUCAGCAACUAUCCACGCGGCACGAUUUACAUCAAAUUGAGCACUUCAUUGAAUUGUACGAUAUUGUGUUUACAACAACUUUUCAAACCAUUCAAAUAAUGUGUCAGAUUUUCAUAUUGUCACCGAUUUCCGGAUUAAAAAUGCCCAUACAUUUAAAAUGAUUAUGCUGAGAAAGGCGAAGGUUAGUAAUAACAGUAGCAAACUUUAUGCCGGACUGCGUAAAACACAGAUCAAAUGCUCCAAGGGAGAUUAAACAUUUUUUCGAAUAUAACCUCAAAAUAGAGAUAAACGAUAUUCAUGCAUAACGGACUUCGGCAUGAGCCAGGAAUCAAAAUAUUUAAAAUCGCUCAUAAAUUUCGGCACUCGUUUCAAAGAUUUUGUUCAGUUCUGACCAGAGGAUCAUGGAAAAUCAUUCGGUUCGUAUGAAUACGAACUAUUUGCAAGUUCCUCUCGAUAAUGAAGACCUGUUAGUAGUGUCGGAAAAUCACAGCAAACACUACAUGGAACAUAAAAAAAGAGAAGAAGAAUUAGUCCUGACUGCGGACAAUAAAGGUGGUUUAUCGAAUCCUAGGGCUUUAUUGUUUUUAAUACUAUGGUACGUCUUCAGUGGCUGCACGCUAUUUUUGAACAAAUACAUCCUUUCGUACAUGGAAGGCGAUCCUACGAUUUUGGGUGCAUGUCAGAUGCUGAUGACAGCAAUUUGCGGCUUUAUACAGAUGUACUUUCCUUGUGGAAUGUACCGAGCAAGUUCUCGGUUGAUGAGGCCUCCUGGUUUUUACAGACACAUGACAUUGGUUGGCUGCACCAGGUUCAUGACAGUAGUAUUAGGACUCGUAUCCCUUAAUUAUGUAGCAGUGAGUUUCACCGAAACCAUAAAAAGUAGCGCGCCUCUAUUUACCGUCCUCAUUAGCAGAUAUUUAUUAGGUGAACACACCGGCCUCUAUGUGAAUUUAUCUUUAAUUCCCGUAAUGGGCGGAUUAGCUCUAUGCUCAGUGAAUGAAAUUAGCUUCGAUCUCAGAGGAUUCAUAGCUGCCAUGGCCACCAAUUUGACUGAAUGUCUGCAGAACGUUUAUUCUAAAAUGUUAAUCAGCGGUGAUAAUUUUAAGUACACGCCUGCAGAACUGCAAUUUUAUACUAGCCUAGCAUCGGUGGUGGUGCAAAUUCCAGCAUCAAUUUUACUAGUCGACAUACCGGCUCUUGAAAAUACGUUCAGUCUAAGACUUUUCUCAGCCUUUGUAUUAAAUGGAAUUUUCUUCCACUUUCAAAGUAUUACAGCUUACGUACUUAUGGACUACAUCAGCCCUGUCACUCAUAGUGUGGCCAACACAGCGAAGCGAGCAUUUUUAAUUUGGCUCUCAGUGCUCCUAUUUAACAACUCUGUAACCGGCUUAUCAGCACUCGGAACGUCCUUGGUGAUCGCCGGGGUAUUGUUGUACAAUCGAGCUCAAGAAUACGACAAACUGAAGCUCACGACUCUCAGGCUUCAGAAAUCAGCAAAAAUCAACUUACAAUGACGCUAGAAUAUCGAGCUUGAAACAUUCUACUAGGAUUAAGAAAAUACUGUUUAUAACAGUCUUUGAAACAGGAUUAGUAUUUAUAAAUCAAGGCGUAUUUAAUA